AACAUGUAAGAAUAAUGUACUUACGAUCAGACCGUCGUGGAAAUUCGCUAACAGGUUUGGAAACUACCGAAAGAGAAAACAAUCUGUGCUUGGAGAUUAAGUGAGAAACUUCAUGGCGCAGAUCCUUUAUGACAGCUCACCAACGCGGUCACUGCAUCAGUACAACAGCAAUGCAGCGAUUUCUUCCCAUGUCCCUGAUACUAUGAAGUCAGUCUCGGCAAAUAUUUCUCAAGCAAAUUACAACAUGAACCACAAUAGAAGUGCCCCAAAAAAGAAGAAGUUAUCUCGUCUGGAGUUACUCAGAAAUGAUUAUAGCAAGAAACUUCAACUUGAAAGAGAAGAGAAGAUCAAUAAGUUGCGAGUUGUUCAACAAGAAAAUAGUCUAAAACCAGGCAGUAAUGGUGGAGGGAUGGUACGAGAAUUCUUUGCAGAGAGAAGAGCAAUGGAAGCUACGAGAAAAGGACAGAAAAAUCCUGAACUGCUACCCCCGAUUGAAUCACAUUUCAAAAAGGUGAAGGAGCAAAAACAGGACACAUUUUCACAAGGCAUAGUUAAAAGUGAACAACUUUCAAAAACACACAUGCCGGCUGGGAGAAGAAUUAGUCUGAAACAGGAACCUCUGUCACCACAAAAACCACUGUCUUCAAAAUACUCAACAAGGAUUCAGACAAGACACAUUGGCGUCAAUGUAAGGAAAAGGACAAAGGGUAUUGAUAAACAAGACCCUCUGCCUCCGGUAAGCAAGCGUGGCUCUGAUGUCACAAGAAGAAAACCACCAACUCCUAAUAAAAGAUACGAAACUCAUUCCAUUUUGGCACAAGAUGAUGGUGAAGAUUUUGAGACUUCUGGCCCAUUCAUGCCAGUACCUCCUAUUGAGAGUAAACCAAACACAAAACGAUCAAAGGCUCCAUUACCAUCCCCAAGUGCUGAAGAAUCUGUCAGCGAUUACGACGAUGCCCUUAGUACCCUUACAGAUUAUAGCAGUGUACCUCCAAAUCUAAGUAAACUAAAAGCAAAAGCUCUGAGGCAAAGGCAACUAAGCAAGCAAAAAUUAAUAACUACGAAUCAGCAAGAUAAUGUUGAUAAUGGUAAACUGACAGACUUCCAAACAUGGCAGAUGGAACAGGACAGAGAGAGAACAGAGCGGCUGGAAAAACACAAACAGAAAUCAGAGUUGUCUCUUUCCCAAAGGGAGAACGAAAUUCUUAAUAAGAUACAAGAGGAGCAAUUGCGACUUGAUAAGUUAAAACAGCAGAGGAAAGAACUGGAAGAACAGGAGAAACAGCAAAAGGAAGAGCAUGAAAAAUGGUUGGCAGAAAAACACAGUUUAGAGGAGCAUGCCAUCUUGCCUCAGCAACAUGAUCCUGCUGAAGAUUCUAAACAGAUCAAGAGAACAGUCUCAAAGAAGGUGCCAAAACCCACCAAACAACCAGUGAAAAAAGAAACUCCCCCUCCUACUCAGACACUGGAGGACGAACUUGAUCAAAGCGAGAAUAUCCAUGACAAUGCAUACAAUAAUUUCUAUGAUGAAGCAACCAAGGAUGUUAAUGAGGUUUUGCUUGCUGUCUCCCCCUGCUCUAUCUGUGGACGUAAUUUUGCUCCAGACAGGCUGGCCAAGCAUGAAAAAGUGUGCGCAAAAACUGCAAACACAAAACGGAAGGUUUUUGACACAAGAAAGCACCGAAGUGUUGGUACUGAGCAUGAGAAAUAUGUAGAGAGUGGAAAAUACCUGGAGGAACCCAAGAAAAGGCCCAAAGCAGACUGGAGAACUCAGCAUGAAAAUUUUGUCAAAGCUAUCCGGUACGCAAAGGGAGUGAGCAAUGAACCUCCGCCUCCAACAGAAAACCCAGACUAUGUCCAAUGCCCUCAUUGCGAGAGGAAAUUCAAUCCUGCUACAGCUGAAAGACACAUACCAAAAUGCAAAGACAUUAAGGCCAAGCCUGCUCGUUUGAAGAAGAAACGAUGAAGAUUAGACAGUUCGGUUUUUAGCAAGACUAUUUUAGAAUUUAUCAAAGUGUGAGGAGCUCAAGACAUAUUUUUAUUUUAAUUCUGUAAACUUUGGUAAGACUAUUUUAGAAUUUUAUCCAAGUGUGAGGAACUCAUAUUUUAUGCGGCCCAAGAUGAAAUUAGUUUUUAAGAGUGGAAAUGAAAGAGGAAAGAAAAUACACGUUAAAGAAUUGAUCACAAUGAGACAGAUAUUGUAAAACACAUUUUAAUUAAUGUUUGAGAGGCAAACAAAACACACCCUUGCCGAACUCUAUGUUGCGUUAUGAACAAACAAUGUACAUGUACGUCUCAGUCCGAAUAAAUACUCUUCUAAGUUUCAAACUC